GCCAACGGUGGCUAUGAUACUUGCAAGUGUUUUCUGUCGCUGACUGGUAUCUUGCAACGGUGUAGAUGGCAGAACAAACGGUCGGAGGGCGAUGUCGUUCCUGCGUCUGGAGCCCAGAGCUAGAUCCAUUAUCACUUUUACAUGUGCUUCGGUAACUCAUUCAGACAUGCCUCUGUUGAUCUGUUCCCGUAGUUGCAACUGCACUGUACCUGACUUGUCUCACUCGGUAUCACCUCUCAGUCCCAUCGUAGUGCCCGAAUCGGCUGCUGCCGCCUCCUUCCGCCAUCGUAACAAGUCAUCAGAGCUUAGAAUCCAGGGCGAGGGCAAGCAAGUCUCUUAGAGAAGUCACAUGUCAAGUGGCAGGUUACUGAGCAAGCAGAAAUACUGCGUUAGCCG